CUUUGGCUUUGGUUGCCGCCCAAUUUCGUGACGUGUGGUCGCGAAGAAACAUGGCGCUUCGUAGGGGAUGAGUUGUACGGUAGCCACGUUUGAUUUAUUCCUGUCCAGUCCGCUUUUACCUGAAUAACGUCAAGCGGCACCCACCGAAUAUGAUUUGACGACGGACUCGUUCGCACCUUUUGUCCAAAUGGACACCAGAAACGAGGCUUUAGUAGGCGCGUUCGUUGUCGUUAGCGACUGUUAUCAUCGAGAUGCUAGCCGAAGCUAACUGGGUAAAGAGCGACAGAAUGCUUGCCUACAUUUACGUUCUAUUGUUAACCAAUGACUGAAACACGACGUUUCAUCAUCGUACCCGAGCGUCAAUUGUUGUUGACAACAUUCUAGCGGCUUGUUUUGAAGCUAAGCCAGGAUGAAGAUAUGCCAUGGAUGUGUUUUGUUGCUGUUCAAGGCAAUCUUACUGUGGGCAUGCUGCCCAGCUGAAGGUGCUCCUUUUCAGGAUCGCCACAGCACAGACAGCAACAUGGGGGAUCCAUUUUACUUGUCUCUCUGCUUGUCACUGACUGCACUGGUGACCCUUGUGGUGCUGCUGAUGAACUGUGUUAGCUGUUGCAAGGGGAGGGAGAUCAAUUUCAAGGAAUUCGAAGACCACUUUGAUGAGGAGAUCGACUUCACACCGCCAGCUGUGGACACCCCGUCUAUACAGUCACCAGCUGAGGUGUACACUCUUGCUGUCUCCCCUGUGGCCUUGCCUGGACCCCUGCACCUUCAACCUGCAGCACCUGUUACAGAUGGAUCCACAGGGUUCCAGGUAGCCCGUCAUAGUCUGAGUUAUAUCCAAGAAAUUGGCAAUGGAUGGUUCGGCCAGGUAAUCCUGAGUGACAUCUAUACAGAUCCUGGUGGCACCAGAGUGAUAGUGAAGGAAUUAAAAGCCAAUGCAAAUGGAAAGGAACAGAAUGACUUCCUGCAGCAGGGGGAUCCUUACAGAGUUUUGCAGCACCCAAACAUCCUCCAAUGCCUUGGGCAGUGUGUCGAAGCAAUUCCCUUUCUGCUUGUUUUUGAGUACUGUGAAAUGGGGGAUUUGCGAGGCUAUUUGUCUCAGCAGGACUGGACAUUCAGAAGUGCUGAGAUACUGCAGCUGCAAAGGAUGGCAUGUGAAAUCGCUGCCGGUCUCACUCACCUUCACAAAUACAACUUCCUGCACAGUGAUUUAGCCCUGAGGAACUGCUACCUGACGGCAGAUCUUACUGUCAAAAUUGGAGACUAUGGAAUUGGGCCCUAUGCAUACAAAGAGGAUUACAUCAUCACAGAGGAUGAUGUAUUUGCGCCCCUUCGCUGGUUGGCUCCCGAGCUGGUGGGUGAGCGCCAUGGGGGUGUGAUCACUUUGGAGCAUACCAAGCCCAGCAAUGUUUGGGCAUUGGGGGUCACUUUGUGGGAGCUUUUUGAGAAUGCUGGUCAACCAUAUCCACAUCUGUCUGACCGAGAGAUUCUCAAUCAUGUGAUCAAGGAGCAACAAGUCAAACUCUUCAAGCCACAACUGGAGCUUCCUUAUUCUGACAGAUGGUACGAAGUCCUGCAGUUCUGCUGGCUCUCUCCUGACAAGCGUGCGACAGCUGAGGAAGUUCACCGUUUACUCAUCUACCUGCGCAUGCAAGGCCAAAGGGACCUAGAAGAAGACUUUGAGCAGCGCUGGGACGCUCUCAAGCCGAGCAUUUUAACACGACAGACCACCGUUAGCCACUCGUCCUUCCCAAUCCUGGAGCAGUUUGCAGAUGAUGCCCUCCAGCAGGACAUUGAUGAGGUGCUGACUGUCACAGAAACCAGCAAAGGACUGAGUUUUGAAUACAUUUGGGAGGCAGCCAAGCACGACCACUAUGAUGGCAGCCAUUCUCACCUGGGCAUGGACACAACAGUGAACUACCAGAGCAUGUUUUUUCCUGUUUCUACUGAAGACAUCCAGGCUCAUUUCCCAGAUCCUAUUGCCAGACUAUCAAAUGCUGAUGGUGGGAACACUCAGUCUGGAAUUACUGGAAUUGUUCCAGUGUUCAAUACUCAAAAGCCAGCUAAUGGCAAUGGUUACUACAUCCAACUUGAAGAAGAAGCAGAAGAAGGUAAUACUGGACAAAAUGGUGUUCAAAAGACAGACUUCAAUUCAAGCCAACAAGACUUUGUUGUUCUCCAAGAUGUUCGUUUGGAUGAAUCCAGCACAGACGCUGAUUUUUUUCAUCACAGUAUCGACUCCAAGGAUUCUUACUUACCAGACAGUCAUAUCUGGUCAUCUCUUGAAAAUGAUAGUCCAUACCACACCAAUAUUUUCACAGAGGAAGAGUCCAAUCAGGAGGACUCUGUAUCUUGGAGACAAGAUUUUGUGGCGCUUCCAGAGGGCAACGGGAACCCUUUUUGUGUAAAUACUCCUUUGGAUGUGCAAGACAUGAGUGCACAUGAUAAUUUCUUAGAGAGUUGUUCAGAAGCCACUCACCAGACUCAGGAGGAGGACAGUGUUGAUAUAAAGAGAAUCAAGAACACUGGUAAACUGGCUGAGAAUUAUCAGUUUCUUAAGGAACACAACUUGAUGAAAGAAGUCACACACUUUCUAAAUCCACAGCAGAAUUUUCUAUCUCCCGGUGUCAUCCAUGAACCGGAAGAAACCUUCAGAAUGGCUUCUUGGGACAACCUGGAGGCCUAUGGCAGCCUAAAUGCAGCUGAUACUUAUUUAAAGCCUGCAUGUAGUAGCACGUCCCCAAGACGGGCAAUUUUGGAGUCGUCUUGCACCAAUUUCGGGGAACAUAACCCAUUUCGGGUACAAAAUGAAACAGUGUUGCCUUUCAUUACUGUUGUCUCAGAAGACGAAUUAUGCAACCAGCUGCCAUCUAGUAACAGUUCUUCCACUGAGGACCUCACUCUGCUCCCACCCUCAGCCAGAGAUGUAGACUCUGAUUUCCAUUCUACCUCGGAAAUGUUAGAUAUUAUCCUUAGUCAGACUGAUGAUCAGAUUACUGUGUUCUCUGAAAGUGCCACUACAGACAUAUUGUACACAAAUGCCAAUCCUUCCACCUCGGACCAGGACAUUGAAACCUCGAACAGUAGUGAUCAACACCUCAUUGGAAGUCAAAUAUCUGAGAAGCCACAUAUUCAAGGAUCUGUUUCAGACAGUGGAAAUGUUGAUAAUCUGACCAGCGUUGUGCUGUUGAGUGAACCCAUUGAGGAUGCCGAUUUGGAAAUGGACCCAAAUCUGUUGGACCAGGAAGAAUUAUUUAUCGAUACCAAUGGACAACCUCUCGACAGAUCCUCUCUGCUGGUCUCUGGGCCUUCUUUAGACCAGAUUAGUCAGGACAGUUUACUUGAGGACAGCAUGUCUACUACUCUGCCAACUAUUGACCACACUGCUGAGACACCAGACUCUUUAGACUCCCUUGACAUUCACCGUCCCGAAGACCAACACAAGCUCCAGCCUCCGUACAAGAUAGCUGACAGUGGGUAUGAGACGGAAAACCUGGAGUCUCCUGAGUGGAACUCUCAGCCCAACAAUAAGGACCUCUCGCCUGUGAAAAAUGGCGAGAGUGUAGCCCAAAAGGAAAACAAUACAGAUGAGAUUGCUACUGCAACCAAUUUGGUGCCUCCAGAAAUUGUCAUCUCUGAAGCCGAUGGCACGCCAGACACUCCUGGUGAAGAUCAUGUUGAAGUCAUUACUGUCGAAGAACCGCUCAUGAGUAGUAAUUACAGGGACUCCGCCUACUUCUCGGACAAUGACGACAAAGCUGAAGAUAUAAAUGCAGAAGGUUCUGCCGAUGUCCGUUCACUGGCAAACUCUACAAAAGUUGCAGUGGCAGUACAGGAAAGUCCAAUUGAGCGUAUUGUAGAGUCGUUAAUACAACAAAAAGAUUUUUGUGCUGCCUCAGAAGUGCAGGGUGACAUCAGAGAAGAACCAGAUCCAUCUCCAAAGAUGCAUUCAGAUGUAAAAAAAAAUGUAACAGAACCUCCAAGAUGGUCGAAUCAUGACAGAGACAAAUCAUACAUUUUCAACAAUCAAGCAGAGUCUCCUGAGCCAGAUCACCCUCUCCCCACCAGUCCACUUCCAUUGCCCGAGGACACUGUUCACGCAAAGCUGACCAGGACCUUUGCCGGGGAGGCCCAUAAAAUAAAAGAGCCAGACGUGGAGGGUCGUUAUCUGGGCCGGCGAGAUAACCCAGAGGAUGGUGUGGACGCCGACGAAGAGAACGAAAACAGUGAUGACUCUGACGAGGAUAUUCAUGCCUACCAGCUCCACAGCUCCAGCUCAGACAGUGAGGAGGAAAGUGCACACGCCGUGCCGCUCAUCAUCUCCGAUGACAGCGACACCAAGAAUUUGAGGAGCUUAUUGAAACCCACAACAUUCAACAUUGGGGCUCCAGGCUCCUCGGCCACGACCACCAAGAGAGCUGUUUCCUUCUUUGAUGAUGUUACCCUCUACCUCUUUGACCAGGACACCCCCACUAAGGAGCUAGGUGACCACUCAUAUGGCGCCAACACGCACACACCACAGUUUAGCAGUCCUGUGCAAAGUUCCAGCUACAUGAACCGCUUCACCAACUCUGAGAGCUCCACAGAUGAAGAAGGGGGUGGUUUUGAGUGGGAUGAUGACUUCCCCUCAGCACCCACCUUCUCCUCCAAGACGCACGUAGAUGUGGAAGCGUCCAAGAGCUCAGCGUCAUCCCGCAUCUCAUCCCCGGCGGCUGCAGUGGCGGCUUCCAGCUGGGAAAGCUCCUCCAACUACUCACGCUUCUCCAUCUCACCGGCCAGCAUUGCUACCUUCUCCUUGACGCACCUCACAGACUCUGAUAUUGAACAAGGAGGAAGCAGUGAGGAUGGCGAAAAAGACUAGCUUCCACGUUUGAGCCACUUCACUAGUUGUCAUCACACUAUCUAACACUUGCACUUUUUGGAGAACUGGAGAAGGUGGUAGAAGUCGAUUCAGCUACCAGCCGGCGGUUGACGGUGAUUCCCGAGCUGUUCGCAGAUGCGCAAAUCCACCUAUGGUGGCAGGGCGAAAGGGGCCUGAGCAGGGCGUCACAAGUGCGCCUUUGUUUGGCUGUUUCCUGUUUUUUUUCUGAAAAACCUUUGUCACUCCCUCCCCCCCAAAAAAGACUCGAGAAGUACAUACUGUAUUUUUGAAUGCAUUGUGAUACUACAGCCAAAUAGGGAGAACCUUUUUGAAUGAAUCGUGUUGUGCUUUCGUCAUUAC